AUGGACCACAUCGGCUUCCAGAUGCCCGGCUCUGGCCCGCCAUUGAUGAACCAGCCGCCGCAAAUCUUUGGCUCCUACAGCCAGGAUGGCAUGCCCAACAUGGCGCACAUGCCCGACAUGACUGCCCACAUGUUUUCCGAUGCCCAGCUGCUCUUGGAAGAUUCCAACGACGCAAAGCGACGCCGCAUCGCCAGGGCUUGCGACAUGUGCCGCAAGAAAAAGAUCAAGUGCGACGGCAAGCUCCCCGCCUGCACAAACUGCACCACUUACAAGACCGACUGCGCCUUUACGCAGGUCGAGAAGAAGCGCAGCCCACCCAAAGGCGCAAAAUACAUUGAAGGCCUCGAGAACCGCCUCGGCCGUAUGGAGCAGCUGCUACGCCUGUCAGGUGUGUUGAAUGACGACGACCCAAGCACCGAUCUGGGCUCUCUCGAAAAGAAGCUGCAAGAAAAGUCGAGACAUGCUUCCCUCGCCACUGCUUCAAACAGCCCACCCGUUUCGCCUCUACAGGCCGACAACUCUACGCCCCAGAGCUCACUUGCUUCUCCAGGGAAAGAACCCAAAGAACCCGCAGAGAGGCGCAAGUCGGGCCUCUCCGCAGAAGAUAGGCGGGCGAGAGAGAGCGACGACGAAGAGCAACAGGAAGUCGAGGCGCUCUCGGAAAUGAUGUGCUCACUCGUCACCAACCAGAGCGGAGAGACUCGCUACAUUGGCUCAUCAUCGGGAUUUUCCAUCUUUUCGCCCAAGGGUAUUCAAUGGGUCAACAACAGAACCGGUGACGACUCCUUCCAGGAAAUGAUUUCUGAAGUCUCCGUCGACGACCACAAGUGGACCAACUGGAAGCCCGAAGUCUUUGGCGACCUUUUCCAACGUCCCAUCUUCAGACCACUCCCGCCCAAGCAAGAGGCCCUCUCCCUGCUUACCGAUUAUUUCGAAAACUUCAACUGCAUGUUUCCACUCUUUCACCAGCCAACUUUUAUGCAUCUUGUCGAGCGCCAGUACUCAUCCAAUCCCUACCAGGGGUCCGGGUGGUGGGCUAGCCUGAACUGUGCGCUGGCCAUUGCUCACCGUCUUCGUGUUAUGAGCAACCUUGUGCCGCAGGAAGAAGACGAGAAGGCCUGGGCCUACCUGAAGAAUGCCAUGGGCGUGUUUUCCGAACUGACCAUGCGCAAUACAGACCUCCUCUCCGUCCAAGCUCUGCUGGGCAUGGCGCUCUUCAUGCAGGGCACUCCUAACCCCCAGCCUUCGUUUCUGCUCGUGGCCGCUGCCAUCCGCCUAGCCCACAGCAUAGGCCUGCACAAACGGGGAUCCGGGUUCAAUCUCAACCCCAUUGAGAUUGAGCAGCGGAAGCGAGUGUUUUGGAUCGCCUAUAUGCUCGACAAGGACCUUUGCCUACGAUCUGGUCGGCCGCCUGCCCAAGACGACGACGACAUGAAUGUCGACUUGCCAGAUGCUGACCCGGACGAUAAUAUCGGAAACAUUCCCCUGGCCGACGGAAAGGGAAAGAUGAAUCUUUUCCGCGUCAUCUGCGAAUUUGCCACCAUCGAGAGCAGUGUAUACAAGCGAUUGUACUCGACAAAGGCCACCAAGCAGUCCGACGGACAGCUCCUCAACACAAUUGGCGAACUGGACCAACAGCUAGAAGACUGGAAGGAUGGCAUCCCAAUUGAGUUCCGUCCUGAACACGAAAUCAAGGCAUCUCACACGCCUUUGAUUCUGCACGUUGUUAUGCUGCAUUUUGCAUACUACAACUGCCUCACGACGAUCCACCGCAUGUCGGUUCAUCAUGGCUACUGGACGAGUCGACUGGCCAACUACGCCAUUCAAGGCCUCAACGCGCGACCCCUGAACCCUCGCGUGUUUUCUUCCGCUGCUCUCUCCACAGCUGCUGCGAGAGCCUCCAUUUCUCUGCUGAAAUACGUACCGCAGGGCGACUUUGCUUGUGUCUGGUUGAUCCUUUACUUUCCCGUCUCCGCUCUGGUAACGCUUUUCGGAAACAUUCUCCAGAAUCCGCUCGACACGCGCGCCAGAACCGACACACGCCUUAUGGACUUGGUCGUCAGGUUCCUGUCCAUGCUUGGCCAAGAAGCAGAACAAGGUGGCGUCCAUCGCAUGCUUGGCGUCUGCUCUGAGUUUGUGCGUAUCGCCAAGCUCGUCGUUGACAAGGCCGAGAGCGAUCAAUCGUUUCGGCGAAAACGCCGCACGGACGGAAAAGUCAAGGGCAACUCGAAGAACCUUGACACGUCCGAGGUCCCCAUCCCUACGACCAUGGAAGAGCUGUCGCCGCCUGUACGCACCCAGCGCUCGUCGUCGUGGGGCCCUGUCGCGGCGACGUCACCUGCGGAAGACCAGAAGUCGCCUCGGAACGGCAACCCCAACCACGAUACCCCGCUACAGACACAGCAACAGAAAUUUCACCAGCAACAGCAACAGCAACAGCAGCAACAGCAACAACAGCAGCAGCAGCAGCUUCCACAGAACGGUGACUUCGACUCCUUUGACGGCAUGGGUGGCUUCACAGGCGACCCAUCGGCCAUGUCCUUGGAUGCGCCUUUCCAUCAGCCGAUCCUUCCGCAGGAUCUCUUUGCGCUGCCCAUGACGUUGGACUGGAACUGGGCCGAGAUGAGCGGUGGCGCGUACCCCUCUGUUGAGAAUGGCAACUUUGGCGAUCUACCGCCCCAAUGA